UCGUGCUCUCAUAUAGUAGGGGUUGGUCUUGGUCCGCAGCCUACUGCCCUACUCUACAAGCGAAGCUAGCGCCCAAGCCCAAGAUCCUCCUCUCCUCUGCCUCCACGCCACCGGAGAAGGAACGCAAUGGCGUGGACCGAGGCGGCCAUGCGCCGGGCAGGGGCGUUCGUGACGCUCGCCGCGGCGUCCGCGCUCGUGCUCCUGCUCUUCCCCGCGCCCGCGGCCGUGGACCGCGGGUACGUACUCGUUCCCAUCCUUGCACUGUUCGUCGCCUUACUCCUCGGCUGCGCCGCCGUGCUUCUCUCCCCGGCCGCGACCGCGCCUGCGCGUGCGAUCUUGGCCGUGCAGUGGCGCGCGGCCACGGCAAGGGAGCUGCGGUGGGUCGGGUUCACCGCCGUCGUGUUCUGCGCGGGGCACGUGGUCCGCGCCGUCGUGCGGGAGGAGCCGGCGGCGGAGGAGGAGGAGGUGUCGACGGACAAGGUCGGCGCCGUCGCCAUCCUGUCCCUGGUGUUCUUGGCGGGAGUGUGGACUGUGAACCUGUCCGUGCUCACGGGAAGGGUGGGUUCUCGGUCGGUGACGCAGCCGCCGCCGCCGCCACUGCAGGCGCCGGAAGAAGAGCUUGACUGCGCGUAGGCCAACACCAUGCUGCCCCGCCUCGAUCUGGACGUAUCGGCGAUUCGAAGGUCUAAAGUCUGACAAUUGUGGCGGGAAGAUGAAGAGCGUUCUAAACGACGGCGAUUGUAUCACAAAUAAAGAAGAACCAUGAGCCGUGGAGAGUAGGUCAGUAGGAUAACACUUUUGAUCAUGCUUUGUACUCCAUUGGUCUAGGAGUCGGUCUUAGAUUCAUAGCUCCACAUAGUAUGUACUACUAGUAAUCUUGGUAUGUUCAGUCGCUCCCACGCCAUGUUUGUAAAGUCAGAUGUGUGCAAUUAUACCGCACAUUGUUAGAAAUGGCAAUUGUUCGCUCGCGUGCUCCAAA